UUGCGCCGUAUAAAGAGUCGGUGGACAAGAUGAAGACUUCGUCUGCUGGAUUAUAUGCCAUUUUCACCGGCCAAAGUAAGGAGAUUGAGGCUCAAAGCGUCAUGCUUUUCGUCAACGUGAUCGACCUCGGAAGGGCUCAUAUCCUCGCUCUGGAGGCCCCCGAAGCUGGCAACAAGCGCAUCCUUACUUGCAGUGACAAGCCCUACAACAACAAGCAGAUUGCGGACGCCUUUAUCAACAACUUUCCCGAUUUGGCUCGCAACACUCCUACCAAGCUCCCAGAAGGUGUCGAGGCUGAUGGAUAUCCUACUGGAGGAUACUACCGUGGAGAUAACGCUUUGAGCAAGAGGAUCUUGGGGAUGACGUACUAUGAUAUUGAGCAGACCAUGGUCCAGUUUGUCAACAGCGUCAAGGAUUACAGUCCCCUCGAAUGUAACAAAGAAUUGAGUAGAAAAGAAUUCAGGGCAAAGUCAUUGCAUCAAACAUUAGUGACCUUUUCCCCUUGGGCCCGCCUGGUCAUGUCGCCCCGAGUAAAACAGGCAAUCACGACCCAAAUCUCACCCAAUUUACUGUUAUAUCACGCAAUUCGCUCUUAUGAGCAACCUUUUCAUCUCAUUAUGGCUGCUUAUGGGAACUCGACCGACUACUUGUUGUAG